CAGCCGUUGCGCCGCCGCAGCUGCCCGGGCUGUGCGUCCCGGCUGCCCUAAGCCGCUUCACGGAGGAGAGCCUGGCGCACCCGGCCAGGCCCGCGGGCAUCUGCUGUGUGUCCGGCUCCGUGCUCAGCGCCCCCAUUGCAGUUGGCGCUGCCUCGAUGUUCCAGCUGCCCAUCUUGAAUUUCAGUCCCCAGCAAGUGGCCGGGGUAUGCGAGACUCUGGAGGAGAGCGGCGACGUAGAGCGCCUGGGUCGCUUCCUCUGGUCGCUGCCCGUGGCCCCUGCGGCCUGCGAGGCCCUCAACAAGAAUGAAUCGGUGCUGCGCGCGCGAGCCAUCGUGGCCUUUCACGGUGGCAACUACCGCGAGCUCUACCAUAUCCUGGAAAACCACAAGUUCACUAAGGAGUCGCACGCCAAGCUGCAGGCGCUGUGGCUCGAAGCGCAUUACCAGGAGGCUGAGAAGCUGCGUGGACGGCCCCUGGGGCCGGUGGACAAGUACCGUGUAAGGAAGAAGUUCCCGCUGCCGCGCACCAUUUGGGACGGCGAACAGAAGACACACUGUUUCAAGGAGCGCACGCGGCAUCUGCUACGGGAAUGGUACCUGCAGGACCCAUACCCCAACCCCAGCAAAAAGCGUGAGCUCGCCCAGGCAACCGGACUGACCCCUACGCAGGUGGGCAACUGGUUCAAAAACCGCCGACAAAGGGACAGGGCGGCUGCAGCCAAGAACAGACUCCAGCAGCAGGUCAUGUCGCAGGGCUCCGGACGGGCUCUAAGGGCUGAGGAAGAGGGCACGCCCGAGGUGCUGGGCGCCGCCGCCAGCCCGGCCGCCAGCCUAUCCAGCAAGGCAGCCACUUCGGCCAUCUCCAUCACGUCCAGCGACAGCGAGUGCGACAUCUGAACUGCUCAUCCAGCACGCUCAGAAACAGAAUCCAGUGUAAAAACAAGACAAAAUGAAAUAGGAUCAGAGACCAAGCAAACCCACUGCUUGCGAAACCGGGUGGCCAGGGACCCGCGGGCUCCGGUUGCCCAUUUCCGCCCCGCGGCCGGCCUGGCUCCACUGGCGCCCUAGGGCCGCUAUCACAGGGGUCCGCGGUGAGGCCCAACCCAGCGCUACAUUCUCCUUGCUUUGCUUUUUUCCAAGAAUUUUGCUGCAAAGAUGCCUCCGGAACCUGAACUGCAUGCUGAGCGCCUGCCCUAAAUCUCCCGUGGGUAUUUCACGUCGAAAGGACGCUGUUAUAUAAAUUUUCCUUUAAAGGUUUUUUAAAACAAAACAAAACAAAACAUAUAUAUGCUGUUUAUUUACUUAUUUAAGAGACUGCCCUGGUAGGUUUCUCUAUAUCUUGGGAACUUGCUGUUUCUAAAGCCGCAGGAUGCAGCAGAUGGGUUCGGUGUGAAGAAGCCAACAAUAAAAACCUGGUGAGCAACCUUUCUUAAUUAA